AUGUCUCUCCCCUCUACUCAGCCGCAGUGGGUCGUCACCAGCAAGGAGAAGGGCUUUGAUGGCCUCAUCAAGGAGCAGGGCCCCGUCCCCAAGCCCGGUGACAACGACGUUCUCGUCCGUCUCCACGGUGCUUCCCUGAACUACCGUGAUCUCAUCAUCCCCCAGGGCAAGUACCCUUUCCCCAUCAACCUCCCCGUCGUUGCCGCCUCCGAUGGUGCCGGUGAGGUCGUUGCCGUUGGCUCCAAGGUCACCAAGUGGAAGAAGGGCGACAAGGUCACCACCCUCUUCAACCAGUGGCACCAGUUCGGCGACAUCGACGUCCGCGCUGCCUCCUCUGGCCUCGGCGGUGUUUUCGAUGGCACCCUCCGCCAGUACGGUGUCUUCCACGAGGACGGCGUCGUCCGCACCCCCUCCAACCUCAACGAUGUUGAGGCCGCUACCCUCGUGUGCGCCGGUGUGACUUCGUGGAACGCCCUCUACGGCCUCAAGGCCCUCAAGCCCGGCCAGUGGGUCCUCACCCAGGGUACCGGUGGUGUUUCCCUCUUUGCCCUCCAGUUCGCCAAGGCCGGUGGUGCCAAGGUGAUCGCCACCACCUCUUCCAAGGAGAAGGCCGAGAUGCUCAAGAAGCUCGGUGCUGAUCACGUCAUCAACUACCGCGAGGACCCCAACUGGGGCGAGACUGCCCGCAAGCUCACCCCCAACAACCAGGGUGUUGACCACAUCAUCGAGGUCGGUGGUGCCGGCACCCUCGGCCAGAGCAUGGCCGCCAUCAAGUACGAGGGUAUCAUUUCCAUCAUCGGUUUCCUCGGUGGUGUUCAGCCCAAGGAGAGCAUCCUCGAGACCCUCAGCAGAAUCUGCACUGUUCGUGGUGUCUACGUCGGUAGCAGGCAGCUCAUGGAGGACAUGUGCGCUGCCAUUGAGGCCAACAACAUCCACCCCGUUGUUGACAAGACCAUCUUCACCUUGGACCAGGCCAAGGAGGCUUAUGAGUACAUGUGGGCCCAGAAGCACUUCGGCAAGGUUGGCAUCAAGAUCGAGUAG